GAGGCAACCCGCAACAGCUGAUUUCAUUACCAAAGCGAUUACUUGCAAAAAGGCAAAUUAGUGUAGGUUUUGCACGGAAUUCAAUUUAUAUUAAACAGGAAACUGUUAACUAUAAAUAUCAGUCUUAUCAUCAAUCAGAACAGAAAGUUAUUUACAAAAUGCAGUACACGAAUAAGAAUUUUCCCGCCUUGAAAAAUGAUAGAUUAUUGCGAGCAGCUCGCGGUGACGAAGUAGACAAAGUGCCGGUAUGGGUUAUGAGGCAAGCGGGAAGGUACUUGCCGGAGUUUCAGGCUGUUAGAGCAAAACAUGACUUCUUUACUGUGUGCCGCACCCCCGAGCUAGCAUGCGAAGUCACGUUGCAGCCGCUUAGGCGAUACGAGCACUUGGAUGCCUCAAUAAUAUUCAGUGAUAUUCUCGUUAUACCACAAGCACUAGGUAUGACAGUUGAAAUGCAUCCUGGUUUGGGUCCAGUGUUUCCGGAACCACUCAAAGAUCCAAAAGAGAUCAAUAACUUGCAAGAAGAUGGAGCAGUUUCCAGACUUACCUAUGUUGGGGAUGCAAUUACAUUGACGAGACAUAAAAUUGAAGGAAAAGUGCCCCUCAUUGGAUUUACUGGAGCUCCGUUUACACUCAUGGGAUAUAUGAUUGAAGGUGGUGGAAGUAAAACCAUGUCCAAAACAAAGGAAUGGUUGGAAAAAUAUCCAAAAGACAUACAUAAACUUUUAAGCCUCUUAACUAGAGUUAUCAUUGACUAUUUAGUUAUGCAGGCUGAGUCUGGUGCCCAACUGUUGCAAGUGUUUGAAUCCAGUGCCGAUCAUUUAACAAGAGAACAGUUCAUGGAAUUUUCUGCCCCCUAUCUAAAAGAAAUAAGAAGUGGAGUAACUCAAAAAUUAAACAACAACAAGUUAGAGCAAGUGCCAAUGACGGUGUUUGCUAAAGGUGGGGGACACUCCCUGGACAUACAAGCUACAUUAGGGUAUGAAACUAUUGGCUUGGAUUGGACAGUCGACCCUAUUGAGGCAAGGAAAAUCAUUGGUGCCAAUAUUACAUUACAGGGCAACCUGGAUCCCCAGGACUUGUACAAAUCUCCAGAAGAAAUAAGGACAUUGACAAAACAGAUGGUGCAAAAUUUUGGCAAACACAGGUAUAUCGCCAACUUAGGGCAUGGGAUAACGCCGCAAACGCCAUUAGAAAGUAUGACUGCAUUCACUGAGGCCGUACAUGAAGCACUAUAGUGAAAAAGGUGAAAAUAUAAAAUUUAGAAUGAAGACACACUGAAUAUGGAGUGUUUGCAUGUGUUUGUGUGAUGGGCAAAUAUUUAAAGGCAUUUAUUUAACGGUAAAUAAGCAAAGCUUUACUACAGAAUGACAGCCUUGUUAAUAAAGACAUAUGACACAUCUAAUUCAUGAUUGCUGUCUUUGUCUUAUACAUUAAAAAACCUAUUAGAUAAGAGUUGGAUAGAAAAUAGGGGUAUUUAGACUUCAUAACUUAAGCAAUUAUAAAUUGUUUACAACUUUCCCACAAUGCAUACAAACUAAUGAGCCGUGACGUCAUAGCUCAGUAGCAGUUUGUAUUGCGCAUUUUGAGUCUUAUAUAAUUUUUGAAUUGUGAUAUCUUGGAGAGUUUUUAAUCCAAAGUCAAUCUUUCACUGGAGUUUCUAUUUUUGAGAGGUCAUUUAAUUACCUAUAAAUAAAAGAACACAAGCCUAUUACCUCUGCUAUUACAGCCAAUUGGAUUAUUUGGUCUUGUCAUGUUCUAAAUUUAUUAAUGAGGCCGUAGGAAAACAGGUGCAACAAAAAGACAAAAUUGUGUUUCUUAUUAUUUAUUUAUAUAAAAUAUAUAAUUUUUACAUGGUG